AUGUACCUUAUUGGCAUUCAGAAUCUGAUAGUCAAAGUAGAUGCAUGCUACAUCAAGGGCAUGCUCACUAACCCAGAUCUCAAACCUAGCGCUAGCAUCAAUCAGUGUAUCAUCUCUAUUCUCACAUUCUAUUUCAUACUUGUCCAUGUCCCUGGCACCUCUCACAGCCCUAAUGGUCUCUCUCAAUGCCAUAACCCUUCAAUCGGCCUGAACCUAAAGACAACUUUGACAACUGGAUCGAUAAUCUCUAUAGCUUCCUCUAUCAGAUCAACAACACAUUUCCCACUGCCAACUCAAAUGUGA